UACCCAUCCUCCUAACACAUUUCAGAGAGCGGCAAGUCCUCAUUUAUUGGUUUGUAAACUUUUGUAUCAGUGGACAUGGCUCAGUUCAUGCUAGCACUGCUGCUAGCAACAAUCCAGCUACCAUUGGAUUCAACAGAUGAAAUCCGUUUCAACGAAGAAGCCAAAAGCUGGAUUGAUGCCUUGGAGCACUGUAAAAAGAACGGUUCCUCCCUGGUUGAAAUCACCAACACCACCACGUGGGACACAGUGAACAGUGACCUUGCAAAUGAGACCAACAAAAUGGAGCAUGGGGCGUGGAUUGGCCUGGAGCGCUCAAUCUUUGGCAACAACGGAAUCCCCUGGAGGUGGGUUUUGAAUGGAACAUUAAAAUCUCACUCUUGCUGGAAGGAAGGCUUUCCUACCGACGAAUAUAACCACCACUGUGGAAAGAUCAUCUGGGAUGAAACGAUGUUCAUGUUGCUGGACGACGACUGCCAUAGCAAGCGACCUUUCAUCUGCCAAACAUAAGCUUGUGUUUUGUUUAUGGCCCAAUCAGGCAUUUAAUAUUCGUUUUUCCCCAUUUCCAGGUAACAUACCCAACGUGGCAUAAUGGCAAAUUUUUUUCUCUUUUUUUUCCGGGUGAUCCUACAUAUAGAAAGCGUGGCAUUCUGGAAACUACACUCCACUACUAAAUACUAAAUACUGGUGUUGUGGGUUACUCACUGUUUGACUGAUCAGCUUUCCUUACUUGUAAAAUCAAAUAAAGAAUGUAAUGCAGACAAUUUUCUCCGAUAUCAUUCAUCCAAUAAU